AUGCGGUUCACAAAUCUCGCCGUUGCGCCAGCCCUCGCGGCCCUCACAUCCGCCGAAAUCAUCAAAGUCGAAGUCGGCGAAAAGAACGGCAUCAAAUUCACCCCCGACAACAUCAAAGCCGCCAAGGGCGACAUUGUCGAGUUCCACUUCGAUUCCAUGCACAGCGUUGUCGCAGGCGCCUUUGACAAGCCGUGCAACCCAGUCUCCAGCGGAGGAUUCUACUCGGACGAAUUACCCAAAGGUGACAAUACAUACUUCUCCAUCACCAUCAACAGCACCGACCCCAUCUUCUAUUACUGCGGCAUCGAGGGCCAUUGCCAGGGCGGCAUGGUCGGCGUGAUCAAUCAGAGCGGUGAUGAGACCCUCGCCAAGUACAAGAGCGCUUCUGCAAAGGCCGACAAGGUCGUUACGCCGAAGGAGGACGAAGCUUUUGGCGGAACGGUAGGGUCUAAGGCGGUUUCGAGCGGUGCUGCGUCGGGGACUGCUUCUACAGCGAGCAAGUCUGCGUCAUCGGCGCCCAAGACGACUGCUGCUACGACUGGGUCGGAAUCAACUUCUCAGGCUGCUACGACGACUUCGGCUGCUUCUGGGACUGGGACUGGUGCGUCGGGGUCGCCUUCGUCUUCGCCUACUACUACUAGCUCGGAUGGUGGGCAUAACAUGCCGUUGGAGGGGAUGGUUUGCCUUUUAUUGGCGGGUAUUGCUGCUAUGAUGGUGCUUUGA